UCCCUCUCCCCUCCCUUCCUUCCUUCUUCCCGAAGGUACUCAUCUGAGAAAAGGAGAACGAAGCAUUGUUCCUGUUCUCCUUCUUAAGUCAUUUCAAACACUGUCCCUGCGAGUUCUCUAAGUUCCCCUGCAGUCUGUACACAAGAGAAAGAGGGGGAGAGAGAGAGGGAAAGACAGAGACAGCCAGAGACCAGGUAAAGCGGUGGGGCCGCAGCCUCUCAGCCCUCAGGAGCUGCCGCUGAUGAACCCAGCAUUCAAGCCCAGACCCCCCUCAGGCUCCAAACCGAUGCUCCUUUCGUGAUCCCACAAGUGUUCGCUUGAAAAUUUCAGUUCUUUCUUUCUGUGUGUUGUUUCAACACACACGGAACAGGGACCCUGCCAAGGAUGCAGAAGGCAGUAAAGAUGGUCAAAGAUGAGGAUGGACCCUUCACAGCAGCUGCGAAGAACGUCCCCUCCUUUCCGCAUUGCCUUCAGUCGGAGGCUCCCCGAGGGAAGGUUCCCCAAAGACACCUCUUCCCUGAAGCUCUCCGAAGCCCCUUUUCCCAGUUUCGGUAUGAACCUCCUCCAGGAGACCUUAACGGAUUCCCCGAGGUCUUCGAGGGAGGAGGGUCCCGGAAACGGAAGAGCAUGCCCACAAAGAUGCCUUACAACCAUCCUGCGGAAGAAGCCGCCAUUGCUGAGGAGAGCAAGAGCCUGGGCCCUCCGAACCUGCCUCUGCUUUUCCCGCAGCCACAGCGCCCGAAGUGCGACUCUCAGAUGAUCGACCUGUGCAAUGUGGGCUUGCAGUUCUACCGCACCCUGGAGCACUUGGGGGGCAAACCCGUCAAGCAGGAGCCGGUGAAGCCCAGUGCCGUGUGGCCCCAGCCGACACCUCCUGCCUUCCUGCCUCCGCCUUUCCCCUACUACCCCAAAGUCCACCCGGGACUCAUGUUCCCCUUCUUCAUGCCCUCGUCCUCACCCUUCCCUUUCAGCAGGCACGCCUUCCUGCCCAAGCAGCCCCCCGAGCCUGUGUUACCCCGGAAAGUUGAGCCCCUGGAAAGCGAGGAGACCAAGCAGAAGGUGGAAAGGGUGGAUGUGAACGUCCAGAUCGAUGACAGCUACUAUGUGGACGUGGGUGGGGCUCAGAAACGUUGGCAGUGCCCCACCUGUGACAAGUCCUACACCUCCAAGUACAACCUGGUGACCCACAUCCUGGGCCACAGUGGGAUCAAGCCGCACGCCUGCACCCGCUGUGGGAAGCUCUUCAAGCAGCUCAGCCAUCUGCACACCCACAUGCUGACACACCAGGGCACGCGGCCCCACAAAUGCCAGGUGUGCCACAAGGCCUUCACCCAGACCAGCCACCUGAAGCGCCACAUGAUGCAGCACAGCGAGGUGAAACCGCACAACUGUCGCGUGUGCAGCCGGGGCUUUGCCUACCCCAGCGAGCUCAAGGCCCACGAGGCCAAACAUGCCAGCGGGCGUGAGAACAUUUGCGUGGAGUGCGGCCUCGACUUUCCUACCCUGGCUCAGCUGAAGAGGCAUCUCACCACGCAUCGCGGCCCCAUUCAGUACAACUGCUCCGAGUGCGACAAGACCUUCCAGUACCCGAGCCAGUUGCAGAACCACAUGAUGAAGCACAAAGACAUCCGUCCCUACAUCUGCUCCGAGUGCGGCAUGGAGUUCGUGCAGCCCCAUCACCUCAAGCAGCACUCGCUCACCCACAAGGGCGUGAAAGAGCACAAAUGUGGGAUCUGUGGGCGCGAGUUCACCCUGCUGGCCAACAUGAAGAGACACGUGCUGAUCCACACCAACAUCCGCGCCUACCAGUGCCACCUCUGCUACAAGAGCUUCGUGCAGAAGCAGACGCUCAAGGCGCACAUGAUCGUCCACUCCGACGUGAAGCCUUUCAAAUGCAAGCUGUGUGGGAAGGAAUUCAACCGCAUGCACAACCUGAUGGGCCACAUGCACCUGCACUCCGACAGCAAGCCCUUCAAGUGUCUCUACUGUCCAAGCAAGUUCACACUGAAGGGGAACCUGACGCGCCACAUGAAGGUCAAACAUGGAGUGAUGGAGCGAGGUCUUCAUUCCCAAGGUCUGGGCAGGGGACGACUCGUCCUGGCGCAGUCCACUGCUGUCCUGAGGAACCUGGAGCAGGAGGAGCCGUUUGAUCUUUCCCAAAAGCGCAGCGCAAAGGGGCCAGUGUUCCAGUCGGAUGUGGACAGCACACAGAACUGCCUCUGCCAGGAGGAGGAAGAGGAAGAGGAUAGAGAUGAGAGCCACAGCUAUGAGGCAGAGUCCUACAGCCCCAGCCUGGCACAGGAGAGCCAGCAAUCCUGCGCGCCUGAGGAUCUGUCCAACAAGCAGGAGCACACCUUCCAGGGCCCCGGGGAAGGAUGCAGAGACGAGGAUGCUCUGGAAGAGCCACGGGAGGAGAGUGGCGAGGACCAUGAAGGCAGGGACAUAGACUGCGCCAUCACAGACGAGCCCCUGGGCAGCAGGCUGUUGCAAAGCGGUGGGCAGAGCCCCCCUUUUUCCGAUUACUUAUACUUCAAGCACAGAGAUGAGGGUUUAAAAGAAUUACUGGAGAGGAAAAUGGAAAAACAAGCAGUCCUUUUGGGUGUCUAAGUGGACGGCUUUGAAAUUACAUUUGGAAAAUGAGAUCUAGGCAGUUCAAAUAUAGCUUUCUGCAUGAAUUGUCGUUUGCUGGGGACAGGCGAGUGGUGCCAGUCUUUACAAACGGCUCAGACUAAACGUGCAGGUGACACAAAAGCCUCUCAGGUCGUUCCUUGGGCACUUGGCAACUUCAUACAGGUGCAGAGGCCCCCAGUGUUAUUUUACACAUCAUCCACAUGAAGAACAGAGCUCUCCUCUAGAUACCUAACUGCAAGCAGCACCUCAAGGUGCUUUUAGAAACUGUUUUCUUCUCACACGCAAUAGGGUAAAAUGUCUUUCUAGUUGCCAAACUGUGGUGCUCAUGUUACCUUGGCAGUAACUUUUUAGUUGCAUAUUUGAAGGUUACAAUAUCAUAGACAAAAAUAUUAGCAGUUGUAUAUAAUAAUAGCCUCUAUUAAAUAGUAGAAAC